UCCCGGAGCUCCGUCCAGCUCACCACACUUCCUGUAGCACCGAGGCUCCAGGCUGCUCUGCGAAAUGGCUGCGUUCCUGCGAGCUCGUAAAUAUGUCCGCUGUGUGGUCCGUUUCUCCGACCGUGACCUGUAAACGGUACCGUUGAUCACCUGCGAAGACAAAAGAAAAGCGACUGUUAAAAGUGUCAUGGCUGAAGACAACACAGGUACUGGAGGUAUUUUAGAGGAUGAAGAUGAGAGUUCAGAUGAGCCAAAUAUCCAGCUGGAGCUCAGCGCCUUCAGAGCUCAGUGGAUGUCUGAACUCAAACCGAGUUCUGGGUCGAGCGGCCGACACCUGCGAGCUCAAGAUCUGAAGUGGACACAAGAAAUAGUUAGAGAAGAAAAAGCCACAAAGCUGUUCUUGAGAGCUGUGCAGAAGGAGCAGACGGGGGCUGUCUAUGAAGCCAUCAAGUUCUACCGCUUGGCGAUGCAGCUCGAUCCUGACAUUGAGUUUAAAAUCAACUACAGCCGUCCUACUGAUGCAAACAAGGCUGAGGACAACUUUAGCGAAGACAGCGAUGCUGAUGGGGAGAUCGAGGAUCUGCUCGCCUACUUCGAGCAGCAAUUCACUCUGGAGAGCUCCUUUCCAAAGAUCUGUACUCCUGAGCUUGAAAUGACUCAGACGCACAUUUCAGCCUUGCCACGUGAAAUCCUGAUGUACAUAUUUCGAUGGGUUGUGUCGAGUGAUCUGGACAUGCGUACCCUGGAGCAGCUGUCGCUGGUGUGUCGAGGAUUUUACAUCUGUGCGAGGGAUCCUGAGAUUUGGCGCUCGGCUUGCACGAGAAUAUGGGGAUGCAACUGCACCAAACCUGUUCCCUUCAACUCCUGGAGGGAGAUGUUUCUGCACAGGCCGCAUGUUCGUUUUGAUGGUGUUUAUAUCAGCAAGACCUCGUAUGUUCGUCAAGGAGAGAAGUCUCUGGACGGGUUUUAUAGGGCGUGCCAUCAGGUCGAGUUCUUCAGGUAUCUCCGGUUCUUCCCUGAUGGCCAAGUCCUGAUGCUCACCACCCCCGAGGACCCGUUGUCUGUCGUCUCCCGCUUGCGUACCAGAAACACCAGGAUGGAUUCUGUGCUGCUCGGUCAUUUCCGCCUGCUGCAAGAGACGGAUAAUCAAACCAAAGUUUUUGCUGUUGUCUGCAAGAAAAAGGAGGAGAAAACUGCAGAGAUUCAAAGGAAUCGGUUCUGCAGGCGGAACCCAGCUCCAGAGGCUGAACACAUCUUCCAUGUGGGACUUCAUCUGACCUCCAGGGGACAUCAGAGCUUCAAUAAGCUUGUGUGGAUUCACCACUCCUGCCACAUUACUUACAAACUAACUGGAGAAACGGUGAUUACGGCGUUCGACCUUGACAAGAUGUACACGCCCUUCUCCUUUGCACGUGUGAAGAGUUACACUGCUUCCUCUGAGCAACCUCUGUGAGCAGCAGCGAGACCGCCGCAUGAUCCCGCCACGUCUGCAAACGACGCUGGUUCACCGUUUAAAUAAAAUGCAUUCACCCCCUUCUGUUUACUUUGUGCUGCAGCAGGAUUAGGGUGUUGCUUUUUGAGUCCCGCCUCCUAAAUGCAAGCAUGUUACAUUUCAAGUUUGCCUGUUAGGAUGCUUCUUAUUUUCUGAUAAUCAGAAAUUUGCAUUAUUAGCUGAGAGCUAAAUUAAUUAGCAACCUUUCCCCACCUGCUCCAAGCAAUGAAUGUUCACACUGUCUUUGUUUUUGGCUGUGCACUUUUGUCCUCGAAUAAACAAAGAUGAGCAAAAA